ACCUCUGAUCACGUAAAAUACCUGAGAGCCGCCAUAGACAGAAAUGUCAAAAUGAGAACCCACAUCAGGAAAACGGCGGAAAAGGCAAACAAAAUGAUAACUCUCCUGUACAG